CUUCUUGCUUCAGUAACUACUUUUACUAUCUACUACUUUACUACUACUUUACUACUACUCUACUACUACUAAACUAUUAUUGUGCAUACCAUCCUAUCCUAUCCUAUACAUACGCACGUACGAGUCGUUCCAGCGGAUCCAGGAGAUUAUUCUCGCCUUCAGAACACUCAAUCGCCUUCCUGUUUAAUAUACGUUGCAGUCCAGUGCCUUGCCUAGCUGUUUUUUCCCGCAUCGACCCCACAGCUAUAAUCCCUGAGAUCGAGACGAGCCGGCAGCAUCGUGCACGCCCUGCUCUGUCUAUUAUCUGAACCAUCCUAUCCUACUUCGUCCUCGUACAUACCUGUACUCUCCUGCCCUGCCCCUCGCCGCCCACUCUCCAGGAACCCUGGAAAGGACCAACAAGCAUCCUUCCUUCUUCCUUGGCAAAGAGAAACCACCACCAAGCGACCUUGUCAGCAACGCUCUCAGAAAGACACAGGCAUCUCUUCUCCCCGGAACCCUACUCAGCUCGCCCUUUUGGGGAAUUCUUCUCGAAUCAACUUAAUCUUCUUCCAUCUUCAUUUAUUCCCCGUCAAACAAGAAGGCUCGGACACUACCGCAAACUCCCAAGCCACCUCACCUCGCCUACCUUUCACAUUCUCCCCUUCCCUUACAUUCCUUCCUUCUUACCUGCAUUUCACCUGCAGUUUUCUAUGCACCUCGAGUAAGUAGCAAGGACAGGGCUCCCCCGACCCAUAACCUGGUUGUCUGCAUUGGCGAACGCUCUAAAGAGUCCGCUCCAAGGCCCGCAAGGGACCCUCCCAAAGGACCCUCUGAGGAUCCCCCCAAGACCAAGACGCUUAAUAUAAACCGUCCCUGAUCAGUCCACCCGAAACUACCAACCCGGCUGGACGAGGGGAAACCGCUCCCAUCUAAGGUCCUUUGGGGUUGCAUGUAUUGUUUCUUCACAGUCGCGACCUGACUCUUGGCUUGGUACUGUACUUUCUGCUACAAACGAGUCUACCAGGGAGACAAGGUCCCUCCUCCCAAGUACCGGUGACCAUAAAGACCGCCCCCAGAAAUCGAGCGGAAGGGAAUACCCACAUCGGCCCUCUUUUGAGAAGAGCAGACGCCCCCCCCAAGACUUCACCUGGUCCGUUAUCCUUGAUAGCCACUAGGCCUUCCUCUAUCGUUUAUUGCUCUCGUCAACGAAGCACGCACUCGCCAUCCCGCCACUCCAUUACAACAAAACGGCGUCGCUUCCCUACAAGAACCUCCCCCAAUCCUUGAUCUACGCCUCCGCAUGUUAGAUCUCCACCGGUUGAUCUAUUGACAUUUCCAGCUCCCAGAAGGAUCAGAGCAUCCGUGCGGCGCUUGUGUAUGGGCCUGGGAUAAGCUGGAUGACCUUCUGAGCAGCCCCGCGAAACUUCAACCCCAUUCUCAAAGUAAACUCAGGACCAAAUGUCGCAGAUGUACGCGCAACCGCCCGCUAUCACUUCCAUAUUUGAGCGGUCCUACGCCCAUGACCAGAUCAAAAUCAACUCCCUUAAGCUUGGAGAGUUGAACAGUGGUCGUAUGUAUCCCACCUCGUUACCUGAACAGCGCGAAGAUCGCAGUAGUUGGAAUGCACCACGCCCCGAGCCACUCUCGUUAUCAGAACAGCACAAGCGCGGACCAUACACCAUCCCGCCGCCAGACAGAGCUUUGGGCGAUGAGUCUGCUCGCCCGGAAAUAAGUCCGAGGACUACAAAUGGAGAGCGACUACCGUCGUUGAGCAGCCUGUUCAGCUCAGCGCAGGCUCCGUUGCCUGCUCGAUCCCCGUACUCUAACCCGAGCCCAACAUUCAAGCCAAGGUCUCCGGAAUCUGCAGCGAGGAAGGCAAGUGCGAACCAUUUGGAUCAACUAUGGGAUCCGUCAUAUCGUCGCCCUCGGUCUGAGCCGUCUGGCCAAUAUCCUUACAACCAAUCUCCCCAUUCAGUCUCGUCGGAUCGCCUACCACCUCCUCCGCGAUCUGUUCUGGACCACAGGAAACCAGAGUCCCCAGGAUACGAUGCAGUGUCAGAAUAUAGGGAAGCACAGUAUGGCCGAUCAUCGGCGUCGUCAGUACGGUUCUCACCUGGAUCAGAGGCGUCGUAUCGUGGAUAUUUCCCUCCAAUGCCCAAAGAUGCAACCUCGCCCUACGGACACCCCAGGGACCAGAAAGCUUCUCCGCAUAUCCAGCUGCACGAGCCGGAUAUGAGACAUUCAUACGCGGGAUCCCCUCAAUCACAUGCCAUGAGGAACCCAUACCACCAGACCCCUCCCAACGCAUUAUCAUCUGGCCCAACAUCUCCCAAGGACACGCUUGGACCUAAGAUUUGGACUGGCACUCAUUUCCUUCCUCGAUUUGUCCGUCAAGCUGAAGUCCCUGGCGAGGGAAUCUGCUACUUCUACGACGAUGGGACGCAUUGCAAGACUGUUAUUGAUGGCGAGCCGGUCAAUGCACAUUGGGGUGUUACGAAGGCGGGCAAGCCGCGGAAGAGGCUCGCCAUUGCUUGCAUUACCUGCCGCGAGAAGAAGAUAAAGUGCGACCCUGAUUAUCCGAGAUGUGUCCAAUGCGACAAAUUUGGACGGGUCUGCAAGUUCAAGAAUGCCCCAAGAGGUGGUCAAGGCUCACCCGAAACUCCACCAGCGGAUCCAGAAGACGCCGUGACGCGCUCGGUAUCCCAAUUAUCAGAGCUUGAUGGAAAUAAAGCUGAGAAGCGUGACCUUCAUUAUGCGCCAUACCAGCAAGGACAACGUAGCCCGGGAUCGGAAAUCGAUGAGAACGCACCGAAACGGCACAGAAGCGCGUAUGACGCGUAUAUGCCCGUGAAGGCCGAUAGAGCAGAGGGGCAUUUCAACCCAGUGUAUUCGCAUCAACAACCCUCUCCGAGCUUGAACUACCGGUCUUUGGACUGGUGCACGAGACAGGCGACCGAGAACCCGUUUGAGACGAAUGAGGCACUCUCGUUUGAUCUCCUAGACAAUUUGUUCCUUAACACCUCAUGCACUACUUACCGCUUUUUGCCUGAGCCACACUUCCGAGCAUGGGUCGCCGAUCGCAGCAUAAGGAAGAGCCCCCAGGAUAUCAUGCUUUUAUAUGGUCUACUUGCGCUUGCGACGGUGUUUUCAACUGCAGAGGGCGCCAAGCAGCGAGGAGAAGAGUUUGCGGCUGUCUGCCGAUCUGCUGCUGAGGGAAGCGAGUUCAACCUGCAUCUUGUGCAGAGCAGGCUGCUCCUUUCGCUAUACUACGUGGCUAUCAACAAGUACCGCGAGUCGUUGGAUUUCUGCGGCUCGGCCGUUCGUGCGGCGACGUGGUUGGGCUUGAACGUGGAGUUGGGCGAGUCUGAGAAGGGCUCGAAUACGACUAUCUUCAACCUCGACCGUGUUGCCUAUGCGGAGUGCCGUCGCCGAACGUUCUGGUCGUGUUAUAUUAUGGACCAUUUCAGUACUUUCUGCAACGGCCACCUCAACACUAUUAACCCGAAUAACAUCUUUUUGCGCUACCCAACUACGACAAAGAACUGCGAAGCUCUGACUGACGCCAGCGCGCCGUUUUUCGUUCCGUCUGGAGCAUUGGCCCAGAGCAGCCUCAAGGAUGUUGGUAUUACGGCCUACAUGAUCAACAUCUUGGCUAUCUGGGGAGAUAUACGUGAUUACAACUAUCGUGCUUCCAAGUCGCCCAAUGUUGCAGUUACAGAGCCAUUCUCGGCAUUCUACGCCACGACCAUUGCGCGACUUGAGGGAUGGCGUGCAUCCCUGCUACCAUCCGCCGAGAACACCUUGGAGAAUCUAGAUGCCGCGGUAAAAGACGGCAGUGUUGGAAGCUUUGUGAGCCUGCACUCUCUCUACCUCGUCUCAUAUGCAAACCUCCACCGCUAUGGACGAUUCGAUUCCGCAACAACCCCCACUCUCAAAACCAGCCUACGGAUCACCUUCGAGCACGCAAACGCCAUCCUCGACCUGGCGCAGAACAUGGCUAGCCGCACAGUCCGUCUUCCGACCACUCCCGCUGCUUCGACGAAGUUCUCGAGUCCGUAUUUUGGUUUCAUAAUCGUAAACGCCAUGGACAUCCUGUCUGCGAAGGGACGAUUAGCUGAUAUCACGACAUUCCACGCCCGCAUCGAGGGGCCGAGCAAGAUCGUCGAUGAGCUGGCUAGCUUCUGGCACAGCGCGCGCCUACAGCAGGAUCAGGUCAAGGCGCGGCUCGAAGCGCUCUUGUCCCUGCCGCUGCUCACGAAUGGAUGGAAUGCGGCGAACUCGUCGGCGGCGGAUGCUGGUGUGAGGGGCGUGGGCGAGGCGGUUGUGGAUGCCGAGAGGGGGGUUUUUGAGAUGAGACGCUCGAUCAAUUCGCUGGAGGGGAGGGGGGCGAGGGAUAAUGUUUAUGCGGCUACGUUUGAGGUGUGGGAGGAUGCGGUGAAGCUGUGAGAAUGGAUGAUGUGAGAAGUGAGAGGAGGGUUUGGGAUAGGGAUUGGAAAGUCCCCGGAUGGAUGGAUGGGCUGGGUCUUUGGGUUUUAACUGGAGUUUUUGCUUUUCCAUUUGCAGGCGGCUGUUUCUAUAUAUAUGCAUCAUGUAACAAAAGUUUCUGGGAUUGGGAUUGUCAUCAUCUAGGAGGAUAGAUGGGAGCGAGGGGGGUGGAUUUUUGAGCAACGAGGGUUUUUGCGAAGUGGAGGGACAAUAGGGGAUACAUGAUGGAGGGGUGUUUGUAUAGGAGAGAGUGAUAGAGAUGAAUGAGCAGAGAAGAGGGGGUCUAGAUCAAACGACAUGGAUAUAUAAUCUUAGUAUAGUAAUCUACCUUCAUCAACAA